AUGGUCGAAACGUUACAUUUCAACGUUAGAAUGUUCCAAUGCUAUAGAAAUUUUAAGGUCAGACGAGGAGGCGAUGACUUCUACUCAUCAGAUAUUGAACAUCUGAAUCGAUUCCCAUGCGGCGGCUAUUCUGACGAGUCCACCAUUGUUUAUCUAUCGCAUCCAUGUAAAGUUCUAACAUCAUUAGAGGAUAUAGGCUAUCGCGUUGUAGCGAGCUCAUCAACUUCCGUCAAACAGGAUUACAACGAGUAUAUGUGGACUAUGCGUGAAGUGACAAGUGAAUGUGAACAAUUGGCAUUUGACUCACAAUCAACCGUGGAUCGAGAUAACCUAGCGAACUCUGGUCGCGAAUUUUCUGUCGGUCGCGAAGUGUUAGCCAGUCAACUUCAUCAUUCACAAGUUGAUUUGCCUGAUGAAUAAAUGCAUAUGAAAUACCUACUACGAAUAUA